AUUAGAGAUAUUCUUCUUAACAGUGACGACAGUGAUGAUGACAAUGAAGAGGCUUCAGUAGACUCGGACGAUUCGUUCAGAACUACUGAUGGAUCCGGAUCAUCAUUUGAGAACCCCUUUGAUUUGAGCCCUUCGGAUGAUGACAGUCGGGCCCUGCAGGCGCUCAGCGACCGAUGGUUCUCCUGA